AUGGCUUCAACAAUUAAGAGUGAACGUGGCAACGAUAUUUUAGUGGAUGAUCUUCAGUACAUGUAUCAUCGAAAUGGAUACAAUAGUGACAAAUCCGUAAUUUACUGGAAGUGUACACAGAGGAAACAAAAAUCGUGUAAAGCUAGAGUACAGACAAAAUCAAAAGAAGAAAACUACGAGUUGAUAAAGACCUGCAACGAACAUAAUCAUGCAGCCUCUAAAAGUACAGUUGAAGCAAAAAGUGCUGUUGCAAAGCUAAAGGAAGAUGUCUCCUCGAAAAAUUUAUCUACUAGAUCGUUAGUUUCAAGCUGCCUGUCGCCGUUGGAUGCUUGCACAGGAGCUGAAAUACAAAACGUCCAGUAUCUAAGUAGAAAUAUUCGUCGAUGGAGGCAGCAGAACUUCAGUGCUCCUGCAACCCCUACGGAAAGGUCAGGGUUUUGCAUUCCAACAGAAUUUCAACAUCUUUCAUCAGGGGAAAAGUUUCUACAGUAUGAUUCGGGAGCCGAUGACCAUAAUCGCAUUCUGAUAUUUGCUACUGAAGUAGGGUUUGAACAUUUAAGGAGGAACAGAAACUGGGCUGUUGAUGGAACCUUUAAGGUGUCACUAGCAAUUUUCUAUCAACUUUUUACCAUCCAUGUCCAAGUAGAGAAGUGUAGUUUUCCUCGUAUUUAUGCCCUUCUUCCAAACAAAACAGUGGAAACUUAUAAAAUGCUUUACAAAAAAAUUCAAGAAUUGCUGCAACAAAAUCCAUUAACUAUAAUGAAUGACUUUGAAAAAGGAUCAUUUAACGCAAUUAAAUGUGUUUUUCCUGACACUGAUGUGAGUGGAUGUUUCUUCGACUUCUGCCAAGCAAAUUACAGGAAAAUUGUUGAUUUGGGGUAUAAAGUUCGAUACCACAAUGAUGCCGAAUUUUGUCUUAAGAUACGUUGUCUCUCUGCUCUUGCAUUUUUACCAGUUGAAGAUGUGUCUACAGGUUUUGAGGAACUUUCGGAGGAUGAGGAUAUCCCUUCAGAAUUUCUCUCAUAUUUUGAGGUAAAUUACAUCGGAGUCAUCAGAGGAAGAGGUGGAAAUCGCAGAAGAGCUAGUCCAUUAUUUCCUAUUUCCCACUGGAAUAUGAACCUAAUAACUCAACGGUCUAUGCCUCGAACAAAUAACAGUCUCAAAGGAUUUCAUACUGCUCUAUUGAAUAAUGCUCAACAAUCUCACCCUAACCUAUGGAAACUCGUAGAUCGUCUCAUGAAGGAAGAAGUUUUGUCUCAAACAAAAGUGCUUCACAUGGAAAGAGGAGAUGAGAGAUCUACUACCACUAAGUAUAAGAACAUAAACAAACGCUUACAGCAGGUAUUCACGCGCUAUAAUCCUGACGAUAAAAUUAUUUUUCUACGUUUCAUUGCCUAUAACUUACAUAUAUUCUGA